AUGGCAAAUACUAAAUAUCAAUACGUAAGACACUUUGAACAAGAAGAAACCAUUUUAUUAAAUACAUAUUUUGUUGUGAGAAUCGAUGGAAAAGGAUUUCACAGAUUUUCCGAUACUCACAAUUUUGAUAAGCCGAAUGAUCUUGGUGCUCUCUCUCUCAUGAAUAAAGUGGCAACCGAGAUUGUGAAGUCCUACGGAGAUUGUGUUCUUGCAAUUGGAGAAAGCGACGAAUAUUCGUUCGUUUUCAAAAGGAAAACCACACUUUUCAACCGACGGAAAACCAAGAUUCUCACCACCAUUGUUUCCCAGUUUACAUCAAUGUACGUCUUCUAUUGGCCACAGUUCAUGAAAACCCCACUGCAAUAUCCUCCUAGCUUCGAUGGUCGUAUCGUCAUCUACCCUUCUCUUCAAAACAUCCGCGAUUACAUUUCUUGGAGACAAGCAGACACGCACAUCAACAAUCUCUACAACACCUGCUUCUGGGCGUUGGUUCAGCGAGGAAACGAAACAACCACAUCUGCAGAGAAGAUUCUCAAUGGCACGCUGAGUUCCGAAAAGAACGAAAUCCUGUUCUCUCGGUUCGGAAUCAACUACAACAACGAGCCUGAGGUAUUUAAGAAGGGCAGCAUCGUGAUUCGAGAGACAAAGGAGCGAAUUCUGGAACGCAUGGAAACGAAGCCGGCUACGAUUUCCUGCCCAUUUUCGAAGGAGGAGAUUGAAUCGUUAAGUGACGGAGCGUACGAAACGGUCGUGUUGCAUUGCGAUGUGAUUCGUGAUAAGCCUUUCUGGGAAGAACAUGCUACCCUUCUCGAUUUGUUUGUUUGUUUGUAA